AUGGCUGAACGUGUAGCUCAAAUCGCUUCCCACAUCACCUACCCAAUAGGUCUUCUUGCGGGACAAACUGCGAUAAUCACGGGGAGUGGACAGGGCAUUGGUUCUGAAGCAGCGCGCCUGUUCGCUCAAGAAGGUGCCAAAGUAGUUGUUUGCGACGUCGAUUCAGCCAAGGCACAGAGCGUGGUAGAUAGAAUCACUAGCUCUGGAGGCCAGGCCCUAGCAGUCCCUGGUGAUAUCACAGAUCAAGGAUACAUCGAUCAGCUCGUCAAGCGUGCAGCCGAGUUUGGAGGAGGAGAAAUCCACAUUAUCGUCAAUAAUGCCGGUUACACAUGGGAUGGUGUGGUACACAAGAUGACUGACAAGCAGUGGGCUGCAAUGGCGAACAUCCACGGAACUGCUCCGUUCCAGCUAAUUCGCGCCGCAGCCCCAUACUUCCGCGUCAAGGAUGGAAAGCAGCGAAACAUUGUCGGCAUCUCUUCAACUUCAGGUGUUCACGGAAACGCCGGCCAGUCCAACUACGCCUUCUUCAAAGCCGGCGUAUCUGGACUCAUGAAGACGAUCGCAAAGGAAUGGGGGCCGGCGUUCAACGUCCGAGCUAACACAGUGGCGUUUGGGUACAUUGAGACACGCCUAACACAGGCCAAAGAGGCAGGGGCGUUCAUUACGGGACCGGACGGCGAAAAGAUACAGCUCGGCGUUCCUGGUCGGGAUGGCAAAUCCUCCUUCGAGGACAUUCCACUUCGUAGACCUGGCUCGGCAGAAGACGCCGCCAAGGUUGUCCUAGCUGUUUGUAGUCCACUCUUCUCCUACGUUACGGGCCAGGUGAUCAGUGUAACUGGAGGCAGGAAUAUGUGA